AUGACUGAUAUAAAUAUAUCUUUUGGCUGGAACACUUACUAAUCUUGUUAAACUAAGACUUGUUCUUAUUCUUACAUUUAAGAAUCAGGAAUAUCGUACUGGAGAGAUUCUAAUAUUAUUAUUAGCCUUUUUUUCUAUGUUACUGUUGCUGGUGUUUAUGACAUGUCACUUAUUUCUGAUGAGAUACAAAGAGAAGCAGAAGUUUUAGUUACCAUCCCUACUCUUUCAUACAAAUAUUAUGCUAAGUUUAAUCCAGAGAAUCUCAAUUUAUCACUUGGUAGCAUAUAAAUUGAUAAUCCUGGCUAUGUAAAAGUAAAUUUCUAGGGUACAAAAUCUAUGAUCAAUAGAAAAACUGGGAACUACCCAAAAUUAAAAUCCUUAGUUGUUUCAAAUGUAGUAAAUAGAAAUGCUAUUAAAUUUGUUUAAGACUCUUUUUCAUCUCAUUUCGGAAGAAGAGGACCCUCUGUCCACUUAAAUUACAAUUUAGCUUCCUAAACAAAAAUUAAACAUUUCUUCAAUGAAGUUACAGUUCCAAAAUACUGGGAUGUUGUAGGUACUUAUGCCAUGGCAAUAGGCUUCUAGUAUGGAUAUUUUGGAAUGUAAGUAAACUCAGAGUCUGAGAGAAGAAUACUCUUUUCUGUGUGGAGCCCCUAAGAAACUGAUGAUCCAUCCUCAAUUUUACCAGAAAACCAAGUUAAGUUAGUUUAAAAAGGUAAUAAUACUGUUAUCAAUGAUUUUGGAAAUGAAGGAUCUGGAGGAUAAAGUUAUCUUGUCUAUCCUUGGGUUGCUGGUGUUUCUUAUUAAUUCAGACUUAUAGGUUACCCCAAUAAAAAUGGAUAUUCUACUUUCAGUGCCUAUUUUAAAGACCCUACUAAAUCUGAAGGCUACAUAUUGAUUGCUUCAUGGAAAAGACCAAAAACUUAAUCCUACUUAACUGGCUUAUACUCAUUCUUAGAAAAUUUUGAUCCAGAAAAAGGAAAUCUUUCAAGAAAAGCUUAUUUUAAUAACUAAAAAGCUGUUAACUAUAAUGGAAAAGAUGUAAAGGUAUUGUCAGCAUCUUUUAGUUAUGAUGAGACUGCUGAUAAAUAAUAAAGAUAUGAUUAUGAUGGAGGAGUAGAUGCUGAAAAUGGGUACUAUCUUAAAAACUGUGGCUUUUUUGAUAAAACUAAAGUAAGAAAAGGUGAAGUUUUUACUAAAAGUAAGUGA